GAAUCGGGAUGAUCCAUUUGUCGGUUGGGAAGAUGUAGUGAACGAGUUGCGAUAGCUCGGCCUGACUCGUUGGACUGCAUCUGGGUUUGACCCUGAGGUGACUGACUGGCUGGCUCUAAAAGCGGUGGAAAGUGUAAUGGAAAGAAGUACACACUUACCGGGAAAUUUCAAAUAGGUUGCCAAGUGAUGAUAACGAAGUGAAGAAAGUUUUUCCGUACCAAGCCUAUCUCGUGGUGCAAAUUGUUCACUUUAGUGUCCCAGAAGUGCAGACCAUAGUGAUAAAUUGGAUUUGUGAUGCUAGUUGUCAACGUAGCUACAACCGUUAUUACCAACUAGAUUUACAGUUUUGCGUAAUUGGAUAAACGUCAGUAGCUUUCAGAUACGUUUAACGAGAAAAACGAGAAAGUUCUGCUUAACUGAUGUAACGUGGAUGGAACGAAAACUAAUGCGUGAAGCCCGACAGUAUAAUGGAGCAGUAAUUGGAAGCUUCGGGAGAAAGUUUUAUUCUAUGUCCUAACUGAUUUACGAUAGUAAUACAACAGACUGGCCUUGGCAACUUUACUGGUGAUAUAGUACAUGCUAGAUAGACUGAAAUAAGACUGCGUACAAUGUCACAUAUGCAAGGCACACAAUUUUCAGUGAAUGAGCACAUAAGAAGCAGAAUGAUAAACAUAAGAAUACUCCGUCCAUCUCGCUGUUCUUUCUAAUGAAUUGAAGUGGUCAACCAGCAACUGGCAAUGAUAAAAUUAUCAUGAUAAAACAAGUGUCGGUGGAUGUUGUUCGUGUUUUCCAUAGAAUACAUUUAGUCGUUAAUAUAGUUUCGGAAAUAAGUUAAAAGAGUGCGAUGAAAAACAUAAUCCGUUACAUAAUUGUCACAUUAAUUGGAAAUAAAAAGUUUGUGAAAAUCAAGAUCUAGGUAUCCUGAACGUCAGCUAGAGAUUGAUGCGAGCUGCACAUACAUCGUGGUGAAGUUGACACACCGAAGUUUAAAUUAUGAUAAACAUUAUUAUUUUUAUGAGAGUAUCGACAAACUUGAACUGCCUACUUAGAAGCUGGAUCUUUGCGUUAUAUUUUUUCCAAGGAAUUCCGUCCUUGCAUACUGGAAUCAUUUCAUUCAAAGAAAACAGUGACAUGAUUUUUCGGACAGCAUUUUUCCUUUUGUCGCCACAUAUUCCAAGCGAGAAAAAUUCCCUGCAUGAUAGUGAUAAAGAUGGUGGUGAUGAUCAAAGCAGUGAAACGAAUAUUGAUAACGGCGAACCCGACUCUACCGGAUUUGAUUUUAACAGUGAAAGUGAAGAUUUACUGAAGUAUUACAAGACUCCUAUGCAGUUUGGUACUGUGAACUCCACGCUAGUCACAUCGCAGGUCGGUUCGACAGCCCACAUACCGUGCCGCAUUCAUCACAUUGGAGAGGGCGUGGUGUCGUGGAUAAGGCGGAAGGACUACCACCUACUCACCGUCGGGCUGACGACCUACAGUAGCGACGAGCGAUUCAGUGCCACACACCUGCUAAACUCCGAGGAUUGGACGCUGCAGAUAAAGUUCGUGCAGGACCGAGAUGCCGGAUGGUAUGAGUGCCAGGUUUCAACGCAUCCUCCGACGUCGAUCUUCCUAGAGCUACGAGUAGUAGAAGCCCGCGCUGAAAUAGUCGGACCGCAAGUGAAGUAUUUAACACCUGAUUCGACGCUGAAAUUGAUAUGCCGUGUCGUUCAAAGCACCGAGGCUUCCGCAUUCAUAUUUUGGUACCACAAUAAUCGGAUGAUAAAUUAUGACAUUGAUAGAGGCAUCAAUGUUUCCACCGAGGCAGAUUUUCACUAUUCGGAGCUCACCAUCAAUCAUGCUACAAAAGAGCGUUCGGGGAAUUAUACAUGUGUUCCAAGCAAUUCCCAGCCAGCUAGUGUCGUGGUGCACAUUUUUAAAGGCGAUCACCCUGCAGCGAUGUAUCACGAACAUCGCAGUUCCUCCGCGAUUCCAUACCGAGAUAAAAGGCUGUUUGAAUUUGUGUUAUGUAUUAUAGUUUUAUUCUGUUCGAUACUAGAUUUCUGAAAGCUCACUGCAUUGCGUCCCAUUUCAUUUCCAUUCAACCGGGGCGGAAAACAUGUUCGCGCCGCCAUCCAACUGUCUAUAGGGCUAAAGUUUUGGCAGGUGUACAAGAAAACUUCAUUCUGGUUCACGAUGUAACCAUAAAAAAGUGAAAAAAGAAUUCAACUAAUGAAAAUGGGAUUGAAUGUAUAGUUGGUUAUAGAUUAUAAAAACAAACGUUGAAGCUCAUUUUAGUAUGAUAGAACUUGUCAACAGGCAGACUGUUCUUGCCAAUUGGCAAGAUGUUUAUUAUGUUAAAAACUUAAUUUUAUAAAUAUAUGUUUUCUAAU